AUGCAGACCAGAAGCUCCAAUGCAAACUCAGCGGACCCUCCAGCGUACUUCGUGAUGGAGGAGGACCUCAAGCCUUGGGAGCUCUACAGCUUGGACGGCGCCGAAGAACCAGAGACGCUGGACAGGAUGAAGGGCUUCUUCACUCGCUACCGCGCGAUCCGUGGGAAGGCGACCAACUUCGCGUACACACACGAUGCCCUGCAGCGCUCGUGGUGUUCUUUCAUCCGACGUUGGAACGCCGCGCGACGUGAAGGCCUGUCCUUCACAUCCUGGCUCGAAGACCGCGAGGGCAAUAGGAGCAACCAUGCUAUUGGCGAGUUGCGGGAGCGUGCUGUGCGAACUGCUCUGAGACUCGGGAUCGACCGACUCGCACUGAAUGGGAGCAUCAACUGGAGCUCUGGUCGCUGA